AUGAUUAAUAAUUUAAUAGUAACAAAUAUUAUCAGUUUAAAUGAUAUUGAUGAGCAACAGUCUGUUCGAACUUUGAGUACUGAACAUCCACGUUUUAUGUGGAUGAGACAAAUUGAAAUACUCUUUUUUCAUAUGUCUAUUAGUGAUAUGGAAAUGGCAAAAAAGAAUAUGAUUGAUGAAUGUUGUAAAUUUUAUUAUAAUGAUGAAAUUGAAUUAAAACGUAUUCAAACAUUUUGGAAUGAUUAUCAUCCAUCUAAAGCUAUUUGGUGGUAUACAAGUGAUUCUUUUUUAUAUCGUCUAUUGAAUAGAGCAUUUCGAACAGAAAAUAUUCUUUUACUCAAUGCAUUUCGAUUUUUUAUGAUUGAUUUACGAAAUCAGUUGUCUGAACUUUACCAAACUCAAUAUACAAAUAAUACACAAAUAUUUUAUGUCUAUCGUGGACAAGGUAUGUCUGUUAAAGAGUUACAAAAGAUUAGAGAUAAUAUUGGCGGAUUUUUAUCGAUAAAUACAUUUUUUUCCACAACAGUAUCAUCAAGUCUAGCUGCUGAUUUUGCUGGUGAUUCAUUUAGUCAAUUAAUAUACGAACGUUCAGUAGUAUUUCAAAUGGAAAUUGAUCCAAGGAUAUGUCCAAGUAGAAGUCCUUUUGCAAAUAUUAGUAAACAUAGUUCAAUGCCAAGUGAAGAUGAAAUAUUAUUCUCAAUGGGAACAAUUUUUCGUAUUGAUUUAGUAGAAGAAUUAGAAAUAGGUGGUUUGUGGAUUGUUACAUUGACAAUGACUAAUGAAUAUGAUAAAAAUUUUGAUAGAUUAUGUGAUUUAUACCAACAAAAUUUGAAUGAAAAACCAGAAUAUAUUAUAAUUGGUGAUCUAUAUAUUAGUGCGGGUCAAUAUGAAAAAGCUGAACUACAUUAUCUUAAGCGUUUAUAUGUUCCAGACGUUGACAUUGGUUUGAUUAAUAGACAAUUGGGUUAUAUCUACUAUUUAGAAGAUGAGAAUGAUUUAGCUAAAGCAUAUUAUAAAUCAGCAAUAACACGUUUUCAAGAAGUGAACAAUUAUGAAGAAUUAAUUAGUACAUAUUGUGAUCUGGCAAUGAUGCAUACAGACUGUGGAAAGUAUAAACUAGCAUUAAAAAUCUUAUAUAAAGCAAAAACAAUUUGUAAUUUCAGUUCAAAUUUUAUCUAA